UCUAGAAAGAUUAAUUAUUUAGCAAAAUGAUUUUGUAAAACGUGUGUUAUAAAGGCAGUAAAAUCGCGGUGGAUGUCUGGUGACGUACCCGCCGCUCCGCCGUCCGCUCUGGAGGUUGUCAGCUUCCUCGGCAGAACAGUUGGCGCAGGCGCGGCACUGACAGCUGCUGUCUAUUUACUCCGCAAAGUCUGUUUAAUAAUGGCCUGGAAAUCUGGAGGAGCCAGCCACGCAGAGCUUGUCAACAACCUCCGCAAAAAUGGCAUUAUUAAAUCCGACAAGGUCUAUGAAGUCAUGCUGGCCACAGACCGAGCCCAUUUCUCUAGGUGUAAUCCUUACAUGGACUCGCCACAGUCGAUAGGCUAUCAAGCAACUAUCAGCGCCCCACACAUGCACGCCUACGCCCUGGAGCUUCUACAUGACCAGCUGUAUGAGGGAGCGAAAGCUCUGGACGUCGGCUCUGGCAGUGGAAUCCUGUCCGCAUGCUUCGCACGAAUGGUAGGUCCUAAAGGAAAAGUUAUAGGAAUUGAUCACAUCAAAGAGCUGGUAGACGAUUCUAUAACCAAUGUGAAGAAAGAUGACCCCAGUUUGAUAACAUCAGGCAGAGUCAAGCUUAUAGUGGGAGACGGGCGAAUGGGCCAUUCUGAGGAAGCGCCUUAUGAUGCCAUUCAUGUUGGCGCAGCAGCACCUACUGUCCCCCAAGCUCUUCUGGACCAGUUGAAGCCCGGGGGGCGGCUGAUUCUUCCUGUUGGCCCGGCGGGAGGAAAUCAAAUGCUGGAGCAGUACGACAAAAUGGAGGACGGCAGCACCAAAAUGAAGCCCUUGAUGGGGGUGAUUUAUGUGCCUUUAACAGACAGAGACAAGCAGUGGUCCAGGUGGAAGUGACUUCCUUCUCCCCCUCCUCCCCCUCUCUCCUUCUCACAGUGGCAAAGGGAUGAACUUUGAAGAGGAAUACAGUCCAUAGUCCACCUUUAAGUUUGAACCUGGAGAAAACUUGGAUGGGGUCAGACAGCCCAUGAAAUUUUGGUUUAAAGCAUAACAAAAUAUGCUUUUUUUUGUUUAAGUCUAACGAUGGACUGGAGUAUCACAUUGAUGAUGACCCAGAGUGGCUGGGAAAAAAGACUGCUUGAAGCUCAGCACAGAAAUUUUGGAGAGGGCUUUUUGUUUUUCUUUUCAGGCCUGCAUCUUUUUGGUUGUGUUUUCUUUUCAACUGCUGGAUUUUAGGUUUUUUUUGUGGUUCUAUCAUUGCAAUCAGCAAUUUUUACAGUAUUACAUUUCAGCAGCAUCGAAGCUGAAUGUAUGAGGAACACCGGACAACGAUGGGGGAAAACCUGAAACUUUUAGAUAAUUCAAGUGUGUGUGUGUGUGUGUGUGUGUGUGUGUGUGUGUGUGUGUGUGUGUGUGUGUGUGUGUGUGUGUGUGUGUGUGUGGAUCAUCUAACUGUAGACUUCUCUGCUAACCUAAAGCUUUUCUCCCCUGCCAGCAGUAUUAGGAGCACACACAGGCAACACAAUGGCUGAUAUAACCCACACAUCCUGUUUUAUGUGCAGCACUAAAGUCAUUCUACACAUAGAGUAAGCAAUUCAUUGGGCUCUUACUACUAACAUACUCCAAGGAGAUCGGAGCACUUAUAACACCGACACACGUGCACAUGCAGGGCUGUGCUUUUCACCUGGUGAUGUGUUGCUUGCUGCUGCUGGAUUUCCAUUAACAAUUUGCGCAGGCUCUCCUGGUGACUGAUACUAAAUGGGAUAUUCACUGCUUUGCCAAAAUAAACUCCAACAAUAUAAAGCAAAUGAAUGUCUGUUUUCUUGAGGAAAAAAAACACAUGAAAUUAAAAAAGCACAUUUUAAUGUGAGUAAUCGAAGUGAUGGAUGAUAUUUGGCUUUCAGUCUCUGGAAUGGCAUAUGAAAAUAAAGAGAUGCUUAUGUUUU